AUGGAUUAUUAAAACUUGAAUUUAACAUGUUAAGCAAGUUAAUAAAUAUGCUAUAAGACAGUGAAGGAUAUGAAAAAGAAGAAUUUAAUCAGCACAUUAUGGCAAAUAGUGAAUAAAAUGUCUAGGAAAAAAGAGAAAAAAGAUAAAUGGAAUGAAAAAAAUGAGAGUGAGUUUUCUUAAAAUAUAAACAGAGGUGCAUUAUGUUGUUUUGCCGAAUUAUGUACAGCAUUAGCAUGUAAUAAUUAAAUAAAGUAAGAUUAUAAAUACUAUUCUUAGGGAAGUCAAUCUUUCAAGAUGUAAUAUAAAUAUUUACUAUGCAAUUGAAUUAGCAAAUUUAGUUCAGAAAAAUACUAACCUUUAAGUAUUAGAAUUGGCUGGGUGCAAUCUUAAUACUUUCUCUUUGAGUUGUAUAUUUAAAUCAGUAACAUUUACUAUUUGUGUAGAUGAUAGAUCAUUCAGGCUUGACUCGUUUAAAUUUAUCAAAUAACAAAGGUUUUACCUAUUCAUCAGUUUAAGAUUUCUGUAAAUAUGUACUCAAAGGAAAAAACCCUCUUAUUGAAAUCAAUUUGAGUUUUUGCCAACUUAAUAAUAUUUAAUUAUCUCUAAUACUACCUAAUCUAAAAUACCUUAAAUCUCUAAAGUAAACAUUCAUUUAUAUUAAGACGUUUUAUUAUUUCCAUAGUCAAAUUUACAUCCUCUGAAAGUAUUUUAGCUUUAAGCAGUGCUAUGCUCAAUUAUACAGGAAAUAAAUCACUUGAUUAUUUGGAUCUAUCAUGGAAUCAUAUUAAAAAUGAUGGUUUAGAACUAUUAAGUUAAGCUUUAUUUAUUUCAGUAAGAUAAAUCAAUAUUAGAUCAUUAAAUCUAGAAUAUAAUUAAUUAACUUAAGAUUGUCUAGAAUCUUUAGAAGCUAUAUUAUUAAAAUUAAACAUUGAAGAAAUUAAUUUAUCAAAAAAUAGAUUCUCUGAAUUUCAAAAUCAAGCUGUUCUUGAAAAAAAGAUGACUAAAAUUGACCUCUCAUAUAAUAGAUUUGAAGAAAUACCUAAUAAUUUCUUUUUGAAUGUUCUUUCUCUUAAUCUAUCAAAUAAUUCAAUUAAAACAUAAGGAGCAUAUCAAAUUUCUCAAGUUGUUAGCUCUAAAAAAGUUAUGUGGAUGGAAUUGAAUUUAAAUAAUAAUGAAAUAUCAACAUAAGGAUUUAUAUCUCUAAUAUAUGCACUUAAAGAAAAUUAAUAAUUAAUCAGCUUAUCAGUUGCUAAUAAUAAUAUAACUGGUGAAGGAAUCUUGGUUUAUAUCUUUAAUCAUGAAUAAUUAAAUUUAUAACACUUAGAUCUAUCCUAUAAUUAAUUAAGAUAUGAUCUAGUUUAUGCAUUAAUAUCUAUGAUGAAGGAAUGUCAAUUAAAAACAUUAAUACUUUCCAAAUUAAGAUAAGAUGAAAAUGAUAUACCUAGUAGAAGAGAAGAAUUAUUUGAAAUCAAAUGUACUAAUUUAAAAAUACUUGAUCUUUCUGAAAAUAGUUGUAUGAUAUCUUCUUUACUCAAUUCAUUAUCCUUACAAUAUAAUCGUAUUGAAUAUUUAAAUCUAAAUGCUUGUUAGAUCAACAAGAGAGAUUUAAUUGAGUCUUUAUCUUCUUUUUUAAAAAGAACAGUGACUCUUUAAACUUUAUUGUUGGCUAGAAAUAAUUUAGGAAAUCUUGAUAAAGAUAGUUUUAUAUGUUUAAAUGAUGGACUAUCCUAUAAUUAAUCUCUAACAUAUUUAGAUUUGUCAAAUAACAAACUUAAAUUAAAAAUACUUGAUCUUAUUGAAGGAUUACUUAAAUGCAGAUGUCUAAAAUUUCUAAAUAUUAGUAACAAUCUAAUUUAUGAAACAAAAAGUCUAAUUGUAAAUUUUCCCUGUCUAUUUUAAAAUCUAAAUCUACAAACCAUAGAUUUAUCCAAAAAUUAAAUAGGAAGUCAAACUUUAUUAAGAAUUAGAUAAGAUUAUCCUUAUAGAUCAUUUCCUCAAAUUAAUUUAUCAAAAUAAUAAUUUACAGCAGAUGAUUUACUUAUAAUUACUCAAAUAAUUUCUGAAUGUUAAUCAAUUAAAAAGUUAGAAUUAUCAGAUAAUGAUUCUCUUGAUUUUAUGAAUAAUGUUAUUGCUUAUGGUGAAAAUGUAAAGGUAGAAUCCUUAUCGAUAAACAAAAUAUUAUUUAGAGAAGACAGUUUUUUGAAUUUGUUAUAUACAAUAGAACUCAAUAUAAGACAUAUUAGAUUUCUAGAAAUAUCAAAUACUUUAUUAUUUUAAGAAUAACUUAUAUAAUUAUUGUUAUAAAUAAGUAAUAUCAAAAAUCUAAUUGUAUUAAUAUUAGAUUACUAAUCAUUCAAAGAUAAUGAUUAAUAGAUAUUUGAAGCUCUAUACUCUUGUUUGCAUUGUUUUCGUAAUUUAAAACAUUUCAGUGUAAGAAAAUCUAUAUUAUGUAUGUCUUUCUAUGUAUUUGUUUCUGAAUUACUGAGAAAAUCACAAAAAUUAUAAGAAUUAGAUUUAAGUGGUAAUGUCUUAAAUUAAAAUGAUUUUCAAAUUUUAUGUGAUGGAUUGUUUGUUAAUUCAAGUGUGACAAGUAUAUAUAAUUAAUUAAAUAGCAUUAAACUUUCGAAAUUGUAAAUUAACAGAUGAAUCAUUUUUGUUGUUGAUGCCUUGUUUACAUGCUAAUUCAUAAAUCAAGAAUCUAGAUAUAUCUUAAAAUGAGAUUACAUUGACAAUUUUAUAAAAGAUGGAAUAAUAAUUAGAAGGUCGUAGAUGUUCAUUAUAGAAAAUAAAAAUUUAAAACAUCCAAACUUAUUUGGAUGCUUAAUAAAUUCCUUUCUCUACAAAAUUUAGUAAUCUUUUCUACAAUUUGAAUAAUAUUGACAUAUCAAUGAAUAAUAUACAGAAUGAGAAUUUUAUACAUUUAUUGGAUUAGUUUGUUAAAUCUAAGAUUCUAAAAAAUGUACAAAUAUUGAAUUUAAAUAAUUGUGGAAUAAUGGAUGAUUAAUGCAUAACACUAUUAAAUUUAAUAGAGGGGAAUCCAAUAAUAUAAGAAGUUUCUUUGAUAAAUAAUCGUUUAACAAGUAGAGGAUUUAAGACAAUAUUUGAUCCAAUUUUAAGAAAUACAAGUUAGUUAUUAAAAUUAGAUGUGUCUAAGUAAUUACAUAAAUAUUAUAAUUUCAGAAAUUUUAUUAAAGAUUAGUAUUUUAAUGAUUUGACAUCUGCUUAAAUAAUUACACUUAAACAUUUUAGAUUAUUGAUAAUGGAUGGAAACUUAUUUUAAGGAUUUAGAGUUUCAGGUUUGAUACCUUUGUUAUAGAAGAAUCCAAAAAUGUAUAUUUAUAAUAAUUGGAUUAAUGUCACUGAAAGUUUUGCAAAACUAAUAAUAGAAUAAUAUAUGAUUUUUGUUAAUGAUUUCAAUAUGUCAAAAGGAAUACCAAAAUAUUUGACAUCUCUAAUAAUUAAUGACACAUAAUUGAGUGACUAAUUUUACAUUUGGUUUGGAUCUUAAUUUUUUAGAUUACCAUAUUUAGAGUAUAUUAAUUUUAAAGGGAGUUCUGAAUAAAUGACAAGUCUAGGGAAGAUGCAUAUGUACAUUGACAUAGUAAAUGAGAAUUUUGUGAAUUCUAAUUUGAUUGAGGUUUGUUUCUAAUAGAAUUAAGAUAAUGAGUAAUAGCAUUAUUAACAAUUAGACCUAAUCAUUUUGAUGAUGGAUUAUUUAAGUAUUGGUUGUUAAAUUUGAAAAAUUACAUGUAAAAUAAGAAUCACAUAUCAUUGUAAUAAAUGGGAGAGGAGAGAAAUGGAGAUAUUGUGAAUGAAAUAGAGUACGUACGUUGGGGUAAAAUUGGAAAAUGGAUUGUUCAUAUAAUUAAUACAACUUUAAAUUUAAUUUAAACUUAAAGUUAUGAUUUCAGAUUUAGUAAUUCUUUACAUAGUUAUACAUGUAAAUAAUUAACAAGAAUACGUAUAAGUAUGAUUGGUGGUACCAUAAAUGAGAUAAUAAAGAUCUCAUUAGGAAUUGGUUCUAUUUUAAUACCAGGUUAAUUGGAAACAAUACUGUUGUAAUGUUAAGAAUAAACUAAUUGCAUUAAAAAUGAUGUUCAUCUUAUAUUUUAUGGAUAAGUCAUCUUUAUUUAUUUUUUAGUGUUAUUACAGUCGUGUUUCAGUCUUUGGUUUUCAAUAUAGAUUAGAUUGAAUGCAACUCCUGAUUAUUGUAUUUAGACUUCAGAUAUGUAUAGAUAUUAACAUUUUAAAUUUGCUCAUAAAAAUGAAAUCUGGUUGCACAUAUUGUAAUUAAUAAUUUCAUUUAAUUAUUUAUUGGAAUGUAAAAUAAUGGGAUCAAUUUUUGAAAUAGUUUCCCUCAUUAAUUCUAAUUCAGAAACUGAUUUUGGAGAUAUCAAAUCUAAUUUAAUAUUAGUGAUUAUUUUAAUGGCUUCACUCAUAUUUUUCAAAACUAUUUUUUAAUUAUACAUAACAACAAAAGCUUUGCUCAUUUUCCUUUAUACUCCAACAGCUGAUCAAGCCAAAUUGUUUUAGGCUUGUUUAAUAAAAGUUUAAGCAGAUCAAAUGCUUAAUGUUGAAAGUGUUCUUAAAAAUUAUUGUCCAUAAGGUGGUAUUUAUAUUAAAGGAAAAUUGUGGAAUUAUAAAUAACUUUUUGAACCUAUUCUAGGAUUAUUGGAUUUAGGUUUAAUAAUAUGUACAGCAGUACUUACUAAAUUAAGGAGACAAUUUUUUAGUAUGAUUCAUUUUCAAUAAUUUUAUACUACCACAGAUAUUUUGAUUCUUAUCUUUAUCUGUAAAACCUUAAUUAAAAUUACUAAACAUUUUUAUUGUGCUCUUCUUUCAAGACCUCCUUAAUUAAAGGUUUCUGAUUUAAAUGAAGCUCUACUAAUUAGACGUUAUCAAAAGAUGGGCAGUUCAUUAUAAAUUAUUUAGAAAUAUCCUAAAAUAUCUAUCAAAAAGAAAUUUUAGAUUUCUUCUUCAUAAACUAUUGGUAAAAAAAGUAGUGUUGAUUUUAAAUUGGGAGCCUUGACUAAAACAAAAAGUGAUCGAAGUAUUAUUCUUUAAAGAGAUAAUAUGAAUGAAGAUGAAUUUGAUUACAUUCCUGAACCUAUACAAAUACCAAUGGCUUCCAUAUCAAAUAAAUCUAUUUAGAACAUCUAAUUCAAACAUACUUGA